CAGAUGUCCCCGUGCGCUUCCGUCGUCGGAUACGAAUCUCAACUGUUGGCCGACCAGACUUACGAGGACCACAACCGCGGCGUCGGCGGCAGUCUAACCACCACCACCACCAACAACAACAACAACAACAACGACCGACGCCACCGCCGAAACCACCGCGACAACGACGACGACAAUGACGGACAGCAGCGGUCGUCGUCGUCGUCUGCGCGGCCGGAACCGACCAGACCCAAACCGCCGCCGUCCUGUCGGUCGGCCGAGUCCCGAAAGGUCCGGUCCGGAGUCGUUUACGGCGGUCCCUCGGACGCGGCCGACGUUUCCGCCCUGUGCCGGCACUUUUUGGCCGCCUACAACAUACGUCCCGACUUUUUUUGCAAGUUCCAGGGCAGGACGAGCGCCCCGGCGGCCGGUCGGCAAUGUCGGUUUUCAGGUACGGAUAUAUGCUUAAACUUCGUCGUAGUAUUCCAAUGUUGA